ACUACUUUUCUUUAUAUGCUAACUUUAAUUAUUUGAAUGAGAAGAGAAAACCUAUUUAGAUGCAGUUCAGAUUUGUACCUAAUGAGCGUAUGAUUACAUAGCUAUUAAAGGAAACAGUUGAGGGUGCGUCUGGAAUAACAAGUGCAGCCAUGCAAAUACACUAGGACAGGUAAGGCUCGUCAUGAAACGGCAUGUCACUCAGAGAUCAACACUAUGAACCUCCGUCUGUGGCAGAGCUGCAGGAAAUUUUGCAGCAGGACCAAAAGCCCACGGGACAUGUCAAUCAAGUGUGGCCAAACCUGUACCUCGGCAAUGAGGUGGCAGCUCGGGAUAAAGGAACUCUACACAGUUUGGGCAUAACACAUAUUGUCAAUGCUGCUCAUGGACCCCCCAACCCAACUCCAGGGCAGCUGUACUUUCAUGUCAGCACAGGCCCACGCUUCUACAGAGAUAUGGCUGUAGAUUACUAUGGCGUAGAGGCAGACGACGCAAUAGAUUUUAUCCUGAGUCCAUUUUUCUACCCAACUGCUCGCUACAUUAGAGCCGCUCUGGGGAUGGGAGGACGAGUGUUUGUCCACUGCCUGAUGGGAGUGAGUCGCUCGGCCACUUUGGUCCUGUCAUUUCUCAUGAUUUGUGAGGGUCUCCGUCUUCAGGAGGCAGUGCAGGCAGUCAGAGCACACAGGGAUAUUUACCCAAAUGCAGGAUUUCUACAGCAGCUCCGCAGUCUCGAUAAAGGCCUAGAGAGGGAGAGAAGAAGACAGAGAGCUAAAAAACUGUAAAA